AUGUCAUCAUCAAGGAAGAUAAUUAACAACACGAGUUCCUCGGAUAACGAUGACGAAGGCCGGUACGCGAAAAUCACGGACGAGAAGAAGAGAAAGAGAAUGAUUUCGAACCGCGAAUCCGCGAGACGUUCGAGAAUGAAGAAGGAGCAGCACAUCAAGGAGUUGAACGAACAGGUGGCGUAUUUCCGGGCCAAAAUCGACGAGAUUGUUCGGAAGAUAAACGAGAUUGGGCCCAAGUACGCGGCCAUCGAGUCCGAGAACAGAGUACUGAGAGUGCAGGCUGAGGAGCUGGGCCAGAGGCUGGAGCUAUUGCAGCAACUGUUGGUUUCUUGCGAGAAAAAAUCGCGUGAUGACGUGGCGGAAUAUGUCUUGCAGGAGCCGUGGCUGCAGCUUGCUGCUUUUCAGUCUCAGGCUGUUGAUGGGAUUUAUCAGUUUUGA